AUGGGCCAAUUGGCACAAGACAAAGCUGAACGGCCCACCAGAACUUUCGGGGCUAACACGGAGAAGAAUCCAAAGGAAGAAUGCAAGGCCGUGCUGACUCGAGGGCAGAAGAAAGCACAGGAGGAAGGUAAGGUUGAAGAAGAAGACCGGACAGAGGAAGAUAGGACAGAGAUACCAGAGGGAAGGAUAGAAGAAGAAGAGAAGGUGGCAUCACCACCUACAACCAAGAGCCAGAAAGCACGGGAAGCCAGGAAAGAAGAACCACCAGCCCUACCACAAGAUCUCCCAUAUCCUGUGGUACCCACCAAGAAGAACAAGGAACGCUACUUCAAGCGUUUCUUGGAAAUAUUCAAAGGGCUGGAGAUCACUAUGCCAUUCAGGGAAGCCUUACAGCAGAUGCCCCUCUACUCCAAAUUUAUGAAAGACAUCCUCACCAAGAAGGGGAAGUACAUUGACAAUGAGAACAUUGUGGUAGGGGGUAACUGCAGUGCUAUAAUACAGAGGAAGCUACCCAAGAAGUUUAAGGACCCCGGAAGUGUUACCAUUCCGUGCACCAUAGGGAAGGAGACGGUGAACAAGGCCCUCAUUGACUUGGGAGCAAGUAUCAAUCUGAUGCCCUUGUCAAUGUGUAAAAGAAUUGGGAAUCUGAAGAUAGAUCCUACCAAGAUGACGCUUCAGCUAGCUGACCGCUCGAUUACAAGACCGUACGGGGUGGUAGAAGAUGUCCUAGUCAAGGUACGCCACUUUACUUUUCCGGUGGACUUUGUCAUAAUGGAUAUCGAAGAAGACACAGACAUUCCCCUCAUCCUAGGCAGACCAUUCAUGCUGACUUCCAACUGUGUGGUGGAUAUGGGGAAUGGGAACUUGGAGCUGAGUAUUGACAACCAGAAGAUCACCUUCGACCUCUUCAAAGCAAUGAAGUAUCUACAGGAAGGUUGGAAGUGUUUCAGAGUAGAAGAGAUUGAUAAGGAAGACGUCAGUAUUCUUGAGACACCACAGUCUUCACUGGAGAAAGCAAUGGUAAAUGCUUUGGACUGUCUAACCAGUGAAGAGGAGAAAGAUCUAAAGGCUUGCUUGGAAGACUUGGAUCGACAAGACAGUAUUCCGGAGGGAGAAGCCAAGUUUGAGACGCUAGAAGAGAAAGUUCCGUCCGAGAAGAAGAAGGUAGAGUUGAAGAUAUUACCCGAUCAUUUAAAGUAUGUGUUCUUGGAGGAAGACAAGCCUGUGGUAAUCAGCAAUGCACUCACGACAGAAGAGGAAAAUAGGUUAGUAGAUAUCCUCAAGAAACACAGGGAGGCUAUUGGAUGA